UAUUAACCCAUCCAGCAAAAGAAGGAGCUUGUUCCCUAAAUCCGAGCUUAAUACCGACAAACCCGGAGCGUAGAUAUAACAUUUGGUAUCAAAGCUUUGUGUUGAACAUCCCUAAGGGAUCAUCUUUACACGCCUCCUUUGUUACUAUCAACCAUGCACUCUUCAAGCCAUUUAUCCACCAUGCCAAGCUCUUCUCAAAACAUGUUUCAAGGUGAAUUAGCUGCUGCCCAGGAGAAACUAAAGAAGGAAGUUGAGCUUAUGAUGAAAAAAAUCAAGGAGCUCACUAAUUCAGUAGAGAUUCCCACGUUUGAGGGAAGAAACGACCCGGAGAAGUUCUCAAAGUGGUUAGCAAAAGUUGAAGACGUCUUUAUACUCAAAGACGUACCCGAAGACAAGAGAGUCAAGCUAGUGGUGGCAAAGUUUCAAAGACAUGCAUCUACCUGGUGGGCUAGCAUUGCUUCAAAAUGAAAGCUCCAAGGAAAAGCGAAGGUGGGAUGAGUGUAGAAAGAGUAUUGGGUGAAAAAGGGAGAGUAUGUUUAAGUACCUGGUGGAGAUGAUCUUUGGAAGAAAAUCUCUCAAUUAAGAGUUUUCUUAACUUUUCCCAAGUUCUCACCUUCGCUUUUCCUUGGAGCUUU